AGAGGAAAGGGGUUUCCUCGCAGCCUGCAGCCCUGAGGGGAUGGGCGGUUCCUCGCGCGUGCUGGGCCGUUAGGAGUUAUUACGGCGAGCUGUGCUCUCGUUGUGUGGGUGUGAAUCGGGGCCAGACAGGACUGUGGAGCAGGAGUGUAGCGAGGAGCAACGUGUAUUGCAGUCUUGCCUUGCCUGACCUCUGUCUGAGUGGGUUUUCUCCAGUAGUGGAGCAGGAGCACCUGCAUCCUUCUGUAGAAGAGGGUGAGGCGGAGAGUAGGGUGUGUGAGGUGGAAAUAGGGAGUGCAGGUGAAAUGUCAACCAAAGUACCAAACAUUAAACUGAAAAUUGAUCCUCAGGAUCUGCAGAUCCAGACCUUUACAGUGGAGAAAUUACUGGAACCACUUAUAAUUCAGGUUACAACACUAGUGAAAUGUCCACAGAAUCCUUCUGGUAAGAAAAAGGGACGUUCAAAAAGAGCUCGUAUCUUGUUAGCUUCUGUGGAAGAAGCCACUCAGAAUCUAUUGGACAAAGGGGAAAAAAUUGCCAAGGAAGCAGUCGUAUUAAAGGAGGAACUUCAUGCAGCACUGGCUGAUGUUCAAAAAGAAAGUCAAGCUUUGAAGAUAUCAGCAGAGGCUUUUACCGGUGAUCCUUGCUAUUUGCCUAAGAGGCAGGCAGUUGUCCAAACAGCACGAUCCCUUCUUACAGCUGUCACACGACUUCUUAUUCUGGCAGAUAUGGUUGAUGUGGCAUACUUACUGGAACAUUUAACUGUGUUUCAAAGAACUUUUGAAACAUUAAGAAACGUAUCCAGUAAAUCUGAUCUGCAGAAUACCUACCAGAAGUUUCAAAAGGAUCUGGAAAACCUAGAUUAUUUGGCGUACAAGCGUCAGCAGGAUUUGAAAUCUAGUGAUCAGCGAGAUGAAAUUGCUGCAGCACGUGCAACCCUGAAAGAAAAUUCCUCUCUUCUCCAUUCAGUAUGUUCAGCUUGUUUGGAACAUUCAGAUGUUGCAUCCCUUACAGCCAGCAAGGAUUCAAUUUGCAGUGAAAUACAAAAUGCACUCAAUGUAAUUUCGAAUGCUUCCCAAGGAGUUGGGAAUAAAAAGGGACAACCUGCAUCUUACAGAGCUACUCUAGGAAGUGCACUUGAUGAACUUGAGCAUUUGAUUAUCCAGGAUCCUCUUGUAGUGAGUGAGGAGAAAAUAAGGCCAUCACUAGAGAAACGUUUGGAAGCUAUCAUCAGUGGAGCAGCUUUGCUAGCUGAUUCUUCCUGCACACGCGAUUUUCAUCGAGAACGCAUCAUUGCUGAGUGCAAUGCUAUCCGUCAAGCUCUCCAGGACCUGCUUUCAGAAUACAUAAAUAAUACCGACAGGAAAGAAAGAAGUGAUGCUUUGAAUACUGCAAUAGACAGUAUGUGCAAGAAAACAAGAGAUCUUCGCAGGCAGCUUCGUAAAGCCAUUAUAGAUCACAUCUCAGACUCCUUCUUAGAUACCACUGUUCCGCUUCUAGUUCUCAUUGAAGCUGCUAAAAAUGGAAGAGAAAAAGAAAUAAAAGAAUACGCUGCUAUAUUUCGAGAGCACACCGGCAGACUUGUGGAGGUUGCUAAUCUUGCUUGUUCGUUGUCAACAAAUGAAGACGGAAUGAAAAUUGUCCAAAUGGCAGCUAAUCACCUAGAGACUUUGUGCCCACAGGUUAUUAAUGCAGCUUUAGCUCUUUCUGCAAGACCAAAAAGUCAAGUUGUAAAGAACAACAUGGAGAUGUAUAGGAGCAUAUGGGAGAAUCACGUCCAUGUUCUUACUGAAGCUGUGGAUGACAUAACAAGUAUUGAUGAUUUCCUUGCUGUAUCAGAAAGCCAUAUUCUUGAGGAUGUGAACAAGUGUAUCAUUGCGCUGAGAGAGCAAAAUGCUGACAAUUUAGAUCGUGCAGCAGGUGCGAUUCGAGGGCGUGCUUCAAGAGUAGCUCAUAUUGUUUCGGGUGAGAUGGACAAUUAUGAGCCAGGGGCUUACACUGAAGGAGUGAUGAAGAAUGUUCAGUAUUUAACCAAGAGUGUGAUUCCGGAGUUCAUUAGUCAAGUAAAUAUUGCAUUGGAGAGCUUAAGCAAGAAUACAGUACAUCUGUUUGAUGAUAACCAAUUUGUGGACGUUUCUAAGAAGGUUUAUGAUACAAUUCAUACCAUCAGAUGCUCAGUCAUGAUGAUUCGGACACCUGAAGAGCUUGAAGAUGUAUCUGACCUUGAAGAUCAUGAUACACGUAGUCGCACAAGUAUUCAGACAGAAGGGAAGACUGACAGGGCCAAGAUGACUCAACUGCCAGAGGCUGAAAAGGAAAAGAUAGCUGAGCAAGUGGCUGACUUCAAAAAAGUCAAGAGUAAGCUUGAUGCAGAGAUUGAAAUAUGGGAUGAUACCAGCAAUGACAUAAUUGUUUUGGCCAAGAGAAUGUGUGUGAUUAUGAUGGAGAUGACUGACUUUACAAGGGGUAGAGGACCAUUGAAGAACACAUCUGAUGUAAUUAACGCAGCAAAAAUGAUUUCAGAGUCAGGAUCGAGGAUGGAUGUCCUAGCACGGCUGAUUGCCAAUCAGUGUCCAGACCAGUCCUGUAAACAAGAUUUGCUGGCUUACCUAGAACAGAUCAAGCUGUACUCCCACCAGCUGAAAAUCUGCAGUCAAGUUAGAGCAGAAAUCCAGAAUCUAGGCGGAGAACUCAUCGUGUCUGCUUUGGAUAGUGUCACCUCACUAAUUCAGGCUGCCAAAAAUUUAAUGAACGCUGUGGUGCAGACAGUGAAGAUGUCCUACAUUGCAUCCACAAAGAUUAUCAAGAUUCAGAGUCCUACUGGCCCACGACAUCCCGUUGUGAUGUGGAGAAUGAAAGCUCCAGAGAAGAAGCCCCUUAUUAAAAGAGAGAAGCCGGAAGAAAUCUACGCUGCUGUCAGAAAAGGUUCUGCAAAGAAGAGAAUCCAUCCUGUUCAAGUCAUGAGUGAAUUCAGAGGCAGAGAAAUAGUCUAACCUUCUGUCACUUUUUAUGUUCCUCUCUUAAUACUCUGAUGAUUUUACACUUUUCCCCCUACUUAUUUAAUAACUGUAUAUUAGCGUUUUGCUUUUCCAUCAAUUUCUAAGUUCACAUUUGCUUCAAUUGCUUGAAAAGGACAUCGUAUUAUUUAACUGCAGACAGACGAAAAGUACUCACUUUGUAGCAUCCAACUAUCAUGCCUUUGUACUGGCAGGUUUCAGCAGGGCACUUCUGAGCGAUGCGCCACAGCACUGCGUCGCAGCCGGUGAAAAGCAAAAUGCAGGGUGCCAAACUGCGCCCCAGGUCCUUCUGCAUUUGCUAGUCAGGUGUUCCUUCACCACUCAGACUCAAUUGCAUGUAAUUUAGCACAUACGGAAUUUUUAAGCACUGUGUUUGUUGGGACAGAUACUUAAUCGGGAUCAUCACACUGCGAUCGAAACAGCUGGACUGCUUAAUGCUAGCUGAGGGUCUGGGCCCUUAGCUUUAAUCUAGAUUGAAAGAUCUGAAGGUCAACCCCCUCCGAGGCCUAUCAAAAUAGGGGUGGAUACGUAAGCUUGAAAAUGUUUGAUGAAACGGUGUUAUAACAACAUGCAUCUAAGAAUGUAAUAAAAAAGCAGUGACAGCAACAUAGCAAUAAUAGCUCUUUAAAAGGCUUCAAUUAAUUAAUGGGUGUUCUGCUUUCUAGUGUAUUCACAAGCCCUUCUACAUCCCACUGAUAGACUAUUCUAAUAACAACAGAAACUUUUCUAAUCACAGCGCAAAAGAACAAAUAUGGAAUACAUCAUUAUUCUGAUAAUCGUGUGAUUUUUUAAUAGAAGCAAACUUGUCUGGCCCGCCCUGUCUCUCUUUUCCCAGACUUCACCCCUUACUCGUCUUUGCUUUGCAAGUAGAUCCUUUUUUGCUACGGCUUUUGUAUUCGCUCAGGUGAAAGGGCUCUCGCAAAUGCCAGAGCGUCAACCACUCAGGGAGUACAGCAGUACAAUUUCUAGGUUGUUGGUUGACGAACCCCAACAAAACCGGUAGUGAUCAUUCGUUAGAGAUUUGACACAUCAGGAUUCCACUUUCACCAAAAUGACAUUUUGUCAAACGGAACAAAAUUAAGGAAGGGUUUGGGAAAAAAAUAUACUUAUUUUCCCACACAGAUCUCCUCCGAUAUGGUUGCAUCAAGAUCUUAGUCACAUAUACAUGUUUUCGUCAGUCCCUUAAGAACGCGGAGUGGGAAACAGCUAACAGUUAAGUGCGGCAGGUAAAGGCGACAUAUAACCAGUUGUUCAAUCUACUUUCAGUUGGUCUGCUGACAGACUAAUAAAAGCUGAGAUAAAGAUUUUGUGCGGUAUAUUGCUCAGAAGAGAAUACAUUUUUCUUGCAUCUUAAAGCCAGUAUCUCCAAGUAUUAUGUCAGGUUCUCGCCGACUCCCUUAGACUACGUAAUCCUCCGGCAAUGCUGAGGUUCAAAAGGCAACAGUUAGUUAACAAGUUCUGUUUUGUUAUGAGUGUUACUCUUAAAGAAUCCUCACGUCUGUGGGAUACCUUUGAUAUCAGUCACCUUGACAUCUGAUGUUUGCAACCAAUGCCUUGUUUUCACAUUAUUAAUAAAAAGCAUGCACACCGCUGA